UCCGCAGUCUCUGGUCAUCUCCUGUACUGUCCGCAGUCUCUGGUCAUCCCUGUGCUGUCCGCAGUCUCUGGUCAUCCCUGUGCUGUCCGCAGUCUCUGGUCAUCUCCUGUACUGUCCGCAGUCUCUGGUCAUCCCUGUGCUGUCCGCAGUCUCUGGUCAUCCCCUUUGCUGUCCGCAGUCUCUGGUCAUCCCUGUGCUCUCCGCAGUCUCUGGUGCGUCUUAUGGUCAGGUGCGUCUUAUGGAGCGAAAAAUACGGUACUUUUUGCUGAGGCCAUGUUGCUUUCUGGUGAAUUAUACACUGCCAAUUGGCUGUCAAGAGUGUCCAUCAAAUGGUCCUCUAGC